AUGGGAAGGAACUAUAUCUUUGAGGAUAUAGAGUUCUAUGAUUAUAUUAAUGAUUGUGUUCCAUACUUUAUUGGAUUCUUCCUCUUGGAGAACUUACUUUCAAUCAUUCUAAAGAAGAAAGACCUUUAUUUGUUCAAGGAUUCAUUCUCAAGUUUGUCAACAGGAUUGUCAACUAUCAUUUGGGAAAAGAUUGUACCAAGUACAUUCUUGGCCUCGAUCGAGUUCGUCAUUGUGUUGUACAUUUGGAGAUAUCAUAGAUUGAUUGACAUUGCAGAGGACAACAAGAUUGCUUCAAUAAUAUGUUUCCUAAGCGUUGACUUUGGUUAUUAUUGGUUCCAUAGACUUGCUCAUGAAGUGAACUACAUGUGGGCAACACAUGUUACUCAUCAUUCCAGUGAGAAAUACAACUUGACAACCGCUCUAAGACAGAGUGUCUUCCAAAUAUACACAAGCUGGGUGUUCUACUUACCGUUGGGCCUGUUCAUUCCACCUCAAAUGUACAUGUUCCACAAGCAGUUUAACACUAUCUAUCAGUACUGGAUUCAUACCAAGUACAUUGGUAAGCUUGGACCAUUGGAGUGGAUUAUCAACACUCCAUCGCAUCACCGUGUGCACCAUGCCAGGAACCCAAGAUACAUCGACAGGAACUACGCCGGCACCCUCAUCAUCUGGGACCGCAUGUUUGGCACAUUCAUCGAGGAAGAGGAGGAGGUCUUCUACGGUCUCGUCCAUCCACUGGGCAGCCACGACCCAACCUGGUGCCAGAUUCACCACUGGUACGAGAUGUACCAGCAGGCCAAGCAGUACCCCGCAUGGGGCGACAAGAUCCGCGUAUACCUCAAUGGCCCCGGCUGGCAUCCAGGCACCGCCCGUCUGGGUGACGUCAAUGAGAUCCCAAUGCCAACCAAGGAGGACAUCCCCGAGCGUCUGGGACAGCCACUGCCUGCCCUGCUCAACAGCUACGUGUUUGUGCACUUCAUGCUGAUCUCCAUCGCCAGUUUGGCCGUGCUGGCCAUCUACGAGCACUCGCUCGGCUACUACAAGACAGGCGCCGUCAUGGUGUACCUCUAUCUCAGUUUGACAUGCUUUGGUGCCAUCUUUGACAGGAAGCGAUUCGCCAUGCUAGCCGAGUUGAUCAGGCUGGUGAUGUUCAUCGGCUGUACAUGGGAGAUCCAGAGCUCCGUCGUCCAGUACAUGAGACUCUUCUACUUUAUCUCUGCCGGUUGGAUGAUUGCCAACAACAUCUCAUCGUCCACUUUCAAGACGAUCAAGAAGGAUUAG